GCAGUUGUUUACAUCGGAAAUAGCGGAGGCUGUUCGGUAACUUGAUCGAUUUUGUGGCUUUGAAACUUCGACUGGAACCAGCAUCUGGUCUAUAUCAGGUAUCUAACUUAUGCCCUGAUGGUUCGGGAUGUUGGUUGGUUACAGCAGCAGCUCUGAGGAGGACGGUGAACCCGGAAGUGAAGCGAGGAGUCGAAAGAGCCGAAGAUCAACGGAGGAAGAUGAGAGACACAUUCCAGCCAAGAAGAAAGCCAGAAUUGAGGCGCUGGAUCCGAAAACGAGACUCCCUCUGCCCGGUUGCCUCCUGAGCAUGUUCCCUGAGGACGAGGAUGAAGCACCGACUGAGGACAGCUCCCUUCAUGGUGGACGCAUCCGCUCCUUCAAGCACGAGAGAGGAAAUUGGGCCACUUAUGUUUAUCUGCCUUACCCGCCUGAGGAGGAAUUUGAGGAGCUUUUAGAGGAGCUUCUGUCAGCCUUGGGGGCUCAUGGUCUGAUACUGACGCAGCAGGAGGAGUUCCACCUGAGUCUGUCUCAGACGGUGGUGCUCAGGCACCACUGGAUCCAGCCAUUUACACAAAGCCUCCAGUCGGGCCUUUCUCAAUGCAGAAGGUUUGCAUGUUCAGCAGCAACGCUGAAGGUCUACUGCAACGCUGAGAGGACAAGGACCUUCUUGGGGAUUGAAGUGUCCACCGGUCGUGCUCAGUUGUUGGAUCUGGUCCAAGUUGUCGACAAAACAAUGACAGAGUUUCAAUUGGACACUUUUUAUAAGGAACCAUCUUUCCACGUGAGUCUGGCCUGGUGUGUGGGAGACCAGACGGAGAAGAUGAAGGGACUCUUACAGGAGCUGCAGAUUCUGGUAGAUAAUCGUGAAGAAGGGCCGUUUCUGUUGAGAUUGGACUGUGUCGAAGUUCGCUGCAGGACAGGAAACAAGACUUUUCGUUUCUCACUAAAGCCCUCAUGAGUGAGUAGUUUGUCGGCUGGCAUCGAGUCUGCGAGAGUCACAGCUGCAAAAAAAAAACAAACAGAUGUUACAGACGACAACUUAUAACCUGACUGGUAAAACAUUGUCAUCCAGUCUAGAUCAACAGGGCUUUUUUUUGUACCAAAGAAAAACUAAAUAAAACUGCCACUUGUUUUGUA